AUGGCGCUGGGGUCCUGGGGAAUGGGAGCAUGGCUGGAGCCCGGAAAGUGGCUUCCGCAGGCAGAGAAUGUCGGUGAUAUGCCUCUAGGGAUCGUCCCCGCCAGCGUGGAACGUGCGGCGAUCUGUCCUACAGAUCUGGAUCCAACGGAUACGCUCAGCGUUGCGGAGCAGUGA